AUGAGGGGGCUCGGGGCCAUCGCCGUGCUGGGGGCGCUGCUGAUCCUGGCUCAGGCUCAGAGGAGAGCCGCCGGGCGGGGCCGCAGCCGCGGGCGGGGCCCGGCCUGGGGCGGGCAGGGGCGGCCGGGGCCCUUCGGAGCCUGGGACUCGGCGCUGUACCCGCCCUGGCAGCGCGACAGCCGCGACUGCUGGACAGGUGGCGAUGUCACCUUCGACAUCAGCAACGACGCGCCGACGCUGGCGGGCGCCCAGGCCACGUUCUCCAUCGCGCUGCGCCUGCCGGGCACCCAGCGGGCACUGCCCGACGGCCGCGUGGUCUGGGGGCAGAACUGCACUGUCAACGGCACGCAGGUGACACGGGGGGACCCGGUGUUCCCGGAGCAGCCGGACGCCACCGGGACCUUCCCGGACGGGACCCCCCCCUGCCCCGGGGGCCGGCGCGGGAAGUUCGUCUACGUCUGGUGGACCUGGGGGCGGUACUGGCAGGUGCUGGACGGGCCGGUGUCACAGCUCACCGUGGACACCCAGGGGGUGCCACUCGGCUCCUACACCAUGGAGGUCACCGUGUACCACGCCCGGGGACGGCAGAAAUUCGUCCCCAUCGGCCACGGCAGCAGCCAGUUCAGUGUCACCGACCAGGUGCCGCUCUCGGUGGCGGUGUCGCAGCUCCCGGGCGCGGUGGCGGUGCCCGGUGGCGGUGCCUUCGUGCGGAACCGCGCGGUGGCGUUCGCGGUGCGGCUGCACGACCCGAGCCGGUACCUGCGGGACGCCGACGUGUCCUUCUCGUGGGACUUCGGCGACCAGAGCGGGACCCUCAUCACCCGCAGCGCCACCGUCACGCACACCUACCGCGACACCGGCACCUUCUCGGCGCGCCUGGUGCUGCAGGCCGCCAUCCCGCUCCGCCCCUGCGGGCCCAGCACGGCCCCCGCGGCCACCACCGGGGCUGCCACCGAGCCCGCGGCCACCACCGGGGCUGCCACCGAGCCCGCGGCCACCACCGGGGCUGCCACCGAGCCCGCGGCCACCACGGCCGCGCCCGCCGCGGGGGGACAGAGCACGGCCUCCGGGGAGCCGGCGGAGCCCACGGGGGGCUCGGCAGCGGAACCGUCGGACCCGGCUGUCACCGAGCCCGCUGUCCCCGUUGUCACCGAGCCCGCUGUCACCGAGCCCGCUGUCCCCGUUGUCACCGAGCCCUCCGUCCCCUCCGCCACCGACCCCGCCGCCACCGAGCUCUCGGUCCCCGCUGUCACCGCCAGCGCCGCUCCCGUCGCCUCCUCCGCGUCCCCCACUGCCGCCACCGCGCCCGGGGCCACCGCUGUCCCCUCUGUCCCCUCUGUCCCCUCGGUGGAAGCGACGGCGGCUGCAGGUGCGGCGACAGCCGGAGGCGCGGGUGACGUCACAGCUGCUGCCACAGCUGGAUCGGCCACAUCUGGAUCGGCCACAUCUGGAUCGGCCCCCGAUGCCACCGCCGCGGCCACGCUCGCUGUCACCGCAGAUGCCACCGCGGGAGCCGCCGCUGUGUCCCUGGCGGCUGCCACGUCUGGAGCCACAUCUGGGCCAACAUCUGGUGCCACAUCUGGCGCCACGCCUGGCACCACAGCCCAGCUGGCACUGGUGAAGCGCCAGGCGCCGGUUGGGGACGUGCCCUGUGUCCUGUACCGCUACGGCACCUUCGCCACCCAGCUGGACAUCGUCCAGGGCAUCGAGAGCGUGGCCAUCGUGCAGGUGGUGCCCGAGGGCGGCGGGGGCAGCAGCGUGGAGCUGACGGUGACGUGCGAGGGAGGGGUGCCGUCGGAGGUGUGCACGGUGGUGGCGGACGCCGAGUGCCGCGCGGCCGAGGCCGAGUCGUGCUCGCCGGUGUCGCCGUCGCCGCCGGGCUGCGAGCUCGUGCUGCGCCAGGACUUCAACCGCAGCGGCCUCUUCUGCCUCAACGUGUCCCUGGCCAACGGCAACGGGCUGGCCGUGGCCUCCACCCGCGUGGCCGUGGGAGGAGCCAGCCCGGCCAGCGGUCACACCACGCUGUUCGUGGCACUCGUGCUGGUGGCGGCCGCCCUGGGCACGGCCGCGUGCACCUACAGACGGGCCAAGUCGCCGUCGCUGUCGCCGGUGUCCCCUGCCGUGUCCCGCUCGCGGCCGUGGCUGUCCCCGAAUGUCCCCGCGGUUCGGCGGCUGCUGCAGCGCGCCCUGGGGGCGGCCCCGAGCGGCGAGAGCAGCCCCCUGCUCCGGGCCCGCUCGGUCUAGGGACCCCCGCCCCAAAAACCCCACCCCGAACAAUCCCCCCGGAGCUGGGGACAGGCUUGGGGACAGACGUGGUGGCCUUGGUGGCACCGGGAUUAAAGCUGCGAUGCGCCCCAA